CACCUGUUAGGAAACGUAAUUACAUACGGCAUACGUGCGGUAAAACGGGGCACUAAAUGCUUGGCGUAGGAGGCAUGAUGAAACAGGAAGGAUGAUGUUAAAAAAAAUGUCUAUAGAUUGAAUGGUUUGUUCAAUUACAACAUAUUCAUGUUGCAUACAAUGCUGUUCUUGUGUUGCGACUGCUGCACGUUUAGGUUUAAAAGAUACAUUUACACAUACAUUUAGUAUGUUCUUAUUCUGGAACCAGAACCCAAAGACUCAAAUUUGAUUUUCAGAUUUAAGUGCUUGGCAAACUUCAAACCCGACGGACAAUGUGACUUCUCACCACCCAGAAAAUAAUGCUAAUGUUAAUUUCCGACACAUAUUCAGGCCCGUCUAGUCACAGAUCACGCACAGUGGCAUCAUGUAGCAACAUUUCACACAGCCAAACAAGGCCAACAUGCCCCAACAGUCAAAAGUGUGCAGGAAGCUGAAGAUUAGCAGAUUCCUCAUGUGGAGACCAGCUGUCCCCCCUAUGUGUGUGUGUGUGUUUGUGAGUGUACUCACACUAUGCCACAAGCUGUGUUUGUGGUUUUGGCGCUGGCCACGGCCUCCGAGAACUGCUUAUGUGGCACCUCGGCUCCCCUCAUUAGCUUCUCAUGUCUUCUGGCACCUCACUGACGUUGAUCCUCUUUCUCUCCUGCAUGUAUGACUGCACCUGAACGCACCACGAGCAAGUGAGAAGUCAUUUCGCUUGACUAAAAAAAAAAUAAUAAAGAACUGCUUAAUACUUGGCAGUAUAUUAUAGUAGUAUAGUAUAUAAAGCUAAAACAAGUAUCUACGCUUGUAUGCCCCCUUGUGGCUGUGGUGGCAUCAGGGGUGGAAAAUAUAACACUUCAACACAUUUUAUUUUUCAUUAUUUCAAAAAAUACAUUCAGGUUUGUUAGGUUAUAACUCCUGAUAUAAUUUUUCAAUGGGAGAAAUUAUGCAAUAUUUGCCAAAACUUGCACAAAAAAGAGGAACAUAUGAGAUAAGGCCGAUUAUAACCCUGACUAAGUCAAGAAUUGAUAAGAUUGGCUGUGAUAAGUGAUUAUUUUUGGAACAAUAACACUUUCAGUCCAAAAACUGUUCUUUUCAUAAAAAUUAAUGCAUAGAUAAAUGUAUUUAUUAAACUGACUCACGUUUGAUCCCCCAUUCAUGCCUUGAGGGUUAAUUAUCCAAUUGGUCUAAACCUACAGAAGCUCUGAGCCAAUCAGGGCCCUUGUUGAUGUGGUUCUCAAACCCCCUCUCCCUGUGUGUGUGUGUGUUAAUGAAUACCUGUUGUGUGUCAGUGAUGAUGGGCCUGGUUUAAAACCUGGCUCCGUUCCGUCCGUCAGGGUAGUUUGUCUCAGGGAGUCGUGCCACACACACACACACACACACACAUUGAUCACAGGUGGACCAUCAGUCAUCUUCCCGGUCCCUCAGAAUCCCCUAGCUGGAUCCGCAGUGAGACUUGUCGCCAAGGCAACCGAAGGAGAAGAGACGAGUCGAGUCAUGGCCGGACUGAGGAGGACAAGUUUCUCCGCUGCGCUGGUCACCGCUCUGCUGAUGCUGAUGCUGCUGCCAGCUGACGUGUCCGCCGGACCGCUCACCAGCAAGGCUAAAAGAGAUGCGGGAGAGAGCAUCCAGGAGAAGGCGGCGGCUGCGGCGUCCCACAGGAGGCUGAUCCGCAACCGCAGGAACAUCAGCUGGUACAAGCAGCACUCGGACUUCUGGAACUGGUACAAGUACUUCACGGACAACGGCAACCAGGAGGCAGUUCAGGAGAUGGACCGCAUCUACCUGGCUUAUCUCCAGAAUAAGAACCGCGCAGAAGGCCGCCGCUCCUAUAAAGCCUACCUUAGCCACCUGGGGGAGAUCUACAAGUCCUGCGCCGACUCGGACGACCCCAAUUGUGUGGCCUCCUACACUAGCAGACCCAAGCCCGAGCCUCCGAAACCCGCACCGGUCAAAACCUGUGACCCGACCAAGGACGCCUACUGCCUGUACGCUGCCUUGGUGUCAGGCAAGAGUCCGUAUUUGCCGCUAGUGCUGCCCGCCGCGGGCCCUGCGCCUGCCGCCGUUAAGGCCCCCGCUCCUCUUUAUGUGCGCUCGGCCCCGGCUAAAGAUCCACAGUUGGGUUACUACUACUACGCACCAUCAUCGGUGUCUUUCCUUUCUAAGGAGCAGAAGGCGGAGCUUCUACGCAUCUGCGGCGCCGAGGAUGUCGAGUGUUUGCAAUACCACCUGAGAGCCGCCUACGGUUACUCGCCCUCUGCCGGGUCCCCGCCCUCCUACGCUCACCUCGGCUGCGACCCGCUGAAAGACCCUGCUUGCAAACCCCAGCUGGUGCAGAAGGCCCCCUCUGGCCUCUACCUGAAAUACCCCAACUGUGACCCACUCAGGGAUCCGUACUGCGCUUACGCCGCUUCCCAAGUGGCAUCCCGGGCCCCCAACCUCCCUGCCCCGGCUGGGCCAGGAUCCUGCAACCCUCUCUUUGAUGAUGGCUGCAACCCUCUCACCGCCACCAAAUAUGCCACCCCCCCAGGGGCGUACAAACAAGAGGAAACCGAGGAGGCCGCUGCCCUUCGUGCCCCUCCCCCUGUAGCUGAGCAAUACAACGACCCCUACGCCAUGUAUAGAGAUGCUUAUGCUAACGCUAAUAGAGUUACCGAUCCUUACGCCAUGUACCGCCAAGCUAGCGCCCCCGCUUCCCCGCCAGCCAACGACCCGUAUGCAAUGCUGCGCCGUUUCAUGGCUCAGGCUCAGGGCACCGACCCGUACGCCCCUCGCAUGGAGGCGGCACCCGAGUCCAACCCCAACGACGCCUUCUCUGCGAUGAGAGAGUCCACCGCCGAUAUGCACCGCCACGGUCCUCACGCCCCCAGGCACCAGUACCCAUUCUCUCAGCCCAAUUAUGAGGAGCCCAUUCGGGAGGAACGGCACCCUCUGGGCCCCCCAGGAAAGACAAAGGAGGGCUACGACUGCUUCAUCGGCUACGACCGCGAGUGCUACCCCUUGAAGCCCGUCGAGCCUCGACCCAACGCUCACAACCGCAUCCCCUUCCCCGCAGAGUCCUACGAGCCCCACCUGAAUGCCGACGGCACCCGCAGCGGCGUCCUGGAACCUUCCAACCCCCACUGCGACCCCGAGUACGACCGGGACUGCCGCCUGCGCCGCUUCGAGCCCGAGCACGCCGAGCCCGAACGUGAGCCUGAACCAAGCCAAGCUGAGACGGCGGUGAGCGAGCGGAAGCAGGAGCAGGACCCCUACGAGGCGGAGCCCUACCAGAGCGGCCAGGAGGAGCCUCACAUGUCCUACCAGCCCCCGUCGCACGUCAUGCCGAGCCUCCAGGACAUACUGAGACGCUACGGAGACCAGUUCCCUGAGCAGGACGACCACAGAGCUUAUGCGGAUGACUACCGCAAGAAAUAAAACACGCACACAAGUGUGGAGAUGGACAUGAAAACACAAACGCCCUCUCUGUUUCGACGGGACCCAGUAUGGGCCACAUGACAGAAAUCUAAGGACCCCAUGAACAAGCAUCUUUAGCGCCGCAGACCUCCUCCAAGCACUGGAAUGACUUCUCAAUGCUACGCUUUGCUUCACUUAACUAGCCAGUGCCCACUAAUGUCAAGGUUUUUCUUUAUUUUGAAUGUUCCAAUAAAAAAAGCUGUUUUUAAGCCCCCCAUUUGAAUUCACUGCAUUAAUGUGUUUAAUUUUAUUUUGAAGGGGCCAAGAAAAAACAAGCUACAGGCUGCAUACAGC